AUGGGAGCAAAUGCGCCGGCUGCUGCCUCCGACGUGGUUCCCGUGGAGCUGCGAGUGGGCACGGUGGUGCCCGCCGGCUCGCCGGCUUCCUACCCGACCGUCAGCAUGUCGAUGGGAGCAGAUGCGGCUGCGGCAGCCAGCGACGUGGUUCCUGCGGAGGUGCGGGUGGGAACGGUGGUGCUCGUGGGCUCGCUCGCUCAACCCGAGCCCGUCUACUUCGACUAUAACCGCUGCGUGCCCGUGCCUGAGAUCGCCAAGGGGGCGAGCAGCAACGGUGGUGGUAUGGCGGAUGUGCUGGUGUGGUGGGACGUGUUUUCGGAGCGCACUAUGUGCAACGCGGUGCAGCUGUUCGCGUCGCCUGACUGCUCGGGGGCACCCGCGGCAAAGUACCAAAAUACGCGGUAUAUGAGUGCGUUCAAGAUGGGCGCAUCAGUGAAGUCCAUCCGCUGCGUUCUCGGUGAGUGCCCUGCUGCAACCAUGCUGCUGCUGCAACCAUGCUGCUGCUGCAACCAUGCUGCUGCUGCUGUCUGA